CCUUCUUCCCAUCGGCCUCGGCUUGCGGGCCUUUCAAACAUGGAGGAGCGGGAGCGGGGGGCGAGGUCGGCUCGCGCCGGGAGCCCCGCCAGCCCGCCCAGCCCGCUGCUGGAUGUCAGCUCUGACAGCUUCGACCCGCUGCUGGCUCUGUACGCGCCGCGCCUGCCUCCCAUCCCCUACCCCAACGCGCCCUGCUUCAACAACGUGGCCGAGUACGAGAGCUUCCUCAAGACCGGGUGCCGGGGCGGCGGGCGCGGGCGGGCGCGGGGUGCGGCCGCGGGCUCGGGCCCCGCCGCCGCCGGGCCCUCGGGCAGGACCCGCCGCCGCCCGGACGCCCCCGCCCCGGACCCCGAGCGCAUCCAGCGCCUCCGCCGCCUCAUGGUGGCCAAGGAGGAAGAGGACGGGGCCGCCGGGGCGCGGCGGCGGGGUCCGGCUCGGACCAGGAAGGCGCCGCGCAACGUGCUCACGAGAAUGCCCUUGCACGAAGGCAGCCCUCUGGGUGAACUCCAUCGUUGUAUCCGGGAGGGGGUGAAGGUGAAUGUUCACAUCCGCACUUUCAAGGGACUUCGGGGUGUCUGUACAGGCUUCCUCGUUGCAUUUGACAAGUUCUGGAAUAUGGCACUUACUGAUGUGGAUGAGACCUACCGAAAACCUGUUCUAGGCAAAGCGUAUGAACGGGAUUCUUCAUUGACUCUCACUAGGCUAUUUGAUCGACUAAAACUACAGGAUUCCUCCAAGAAGGAAGCAGAUUCCAGGUCUGCAGUUGAAGACUCCACUCUGUCCAGAUACUCCCAGACAUCCACUUGGAAGGUGGCUUCCGUGUGGGGAAGAGAAGACACUGACCGGGGCUCCCGCAAGCGUUCCCGCUCCGUCCCUUCUUCCCUGCAGGCAUCUGCAAGGGAGGAGUCCAGGUCAGAGCUGUCAGGGAGGACUACACGGACAGAAGGGUCAAGUGCAGGAGGUACCUUUUCCAGGGCCACCACCCUUUCUAGGGGCCAGCCCCGUAAGAAAAAGCGAAAGCCAAAAGUGGAUUAUCAGCAGGUAUUCACUCGACACAUAAAUCAGAUUUUCAUUCGGGGGGAGAAUGUCCUGCUGGUUCAUCUUGCACAGUGACCAGUUCAGCCUCGCUUGAGCUUUGGUUUUUAGAAAUAAAUGCAUGAAUCGCUGCUAUGCUGUAUCCUGGUAUCCCAGUGCAACUCUGAGUUGGAAUGAUUCCCUCUGGUCCUGCAUGUGCAGAGCAUAGAGCCAGGCUCAGGCCCUCUGGGAGGUGAGCUUCCUGAAGGAAAGACAGGCGGGUGAGUGCGUAUUUGCAUUAAUAUCGAGGCAAAAGCUGUUCAGAGGUAUGUUCAUCUGAUUUUGUAUCAUGGUCUGCUUCAGACACUCAAGUAUAAGAAGUUGAAUUAGGGAACGUGGUAUGAAUUGAAGUCACUCCACAGGACUGUAGCAUGGUGAAGGAAAAAAACACCUCAAAAAGAAUGAUCUCAUUUCUAAAAGCUAGGGUCCUGAGUACUCAUGAAUUUGUUUCUAAGAGUAGUAGUAUAAAUUGCCCUGAGCCCUCCAUGCACAUCUCGUAACUGACCUUUGAAUUUUGCCCUACACCAUUCACUCUUCAUCAAGAAGUGUAAUUUGUUAGCUUUUGUAGACCUUAUACAUAUUAAAAGAUAACAAUAUAUAACAAGUGAAAUUUGGGUGGGUGGUAUGCUUAAAGUAGCCAGCAGUGAAUGCUGUGUUUUUAUCUCUCCUCAUUGUGGAAAGGGGUACAGAACCUCACUGGCCUUCCCCUUGCCAGAGGUGGCUUCUGCAGAUGGUGUACCAGAUGGGACUGUGAGAUGCUCUUAUCCUUCUCUUUCACUUCUGUGGCAUGGUGCUAGCGCAUGUACCCUGUGUAUUCCCUCUCUGUACAUAGUAAGACCUGUCCUGUGAGCUUUGACCUUCUUGCCUGGCUUCGGAGCGUUCUGCAUGAACUGAAUGAUACAUGUGCAUAAUGUGGCUGAGAGUAUCCUUUCCAGGCAGGGCGGGCCCUGUCUAGAGUAUCUUUUCGGCUGGUUUUCCAUGCAACAGGGGUGUAGAAUUUUAUUCCCUUGUGUCAGGCCAAAGAAAUUCCCACAAAGUACAAUGGUGGUGUCUCCAAGGGGCACUUUACUCAGCCUGGCUUGAGUAACAGGAACACCAGACCACCUGCUACUACUGCUACUUGAAUCAUAGGCUUUUUCAAUCGCCAGUGCAAAAUAGGCUGUAUCGUCACAUGGACUGUUAGGCAGUAUUGACCUUUUGUUUUGUUAGUUUUGUAUUUGGUUUUAUUUUAGAUAAUUUAUUUUCAGAGUGAGAAUAAGAAAUAUCUAACUUGUUAAAAACAUUGGAAAAGAAAAACUUCCUUCCUCUGCUGCACUUGUUGUGUAACUGAAAUAAGCCUUCUGAGAAGCAGAUGAAUAAAGCUGAGGGAGCUGGGACUCCUGGUCCUCUGCCAGCUGGGCCACUGGCUCAUCAUACAGUGAGAAGAGAGCAGACCACCCCUCUGUGCCUCAGUUUUCCCCCAUCAGACACCUACCUCACAGGGGCACUGAGCAAAAGAAUUUGGGGAAGGCAUUUUAAAGUCUUUAAACAUGUUUAAGUGCCAUGAGUAAUUUUUACUCACUCUGUUUCAUAGCUUGGUGAAAGUUCUGUGUCUCAUGAGCAAGGCAGGUGCUACGUAAUAAAAAGAAAGUAAUCUCUGUAGGUGCCACAGUUAGGAUCUUGUCUUCAGAAGGCAGUGAUAUCUUCAGGAACUAUUUUUCAUAUUCCAUCCCUUUCUCCUAAGCAACAGUGGAAAUUCUCAGAAGGAUGUCUUCAGUAAAAGAAGAGCAAUGUUUGUUUGCUGCUCCCCCCACAUCCCAGCACCCUUUUCUGGUCAUCAUGAGGGGGAAUUCCCCUGCACUUUUUGAAGGGUUUGUGUGAUAGCACCAAAGGAAGAAUGCUGUUGGAAAAACCACACCUCCCCAAAGGGGAAUCUGUAGGAGUUGUUUGUUUGUUUGUGUUUGUUUCAGAAUGCAUUUUAAUUAUACUCUUUAGAGCCAGAUUAGACACACUAAACAUUUAUAGAGAUUCUAGAUAACAAAUGCAAGUGAACAAUUAUCUUUGGAAUCUGCCGGUCUAAAUCUCUUCUAUAUAGUAUGUCUAACAUCUCAGUUCCCCAGUAAAUGGUUCUCUUAUUUAAUCAUCAGCACCUCUACCUCUUUACCAGUCUUUCCAGUGUGAUUGUCCCUGUCAGUCUGUCCUCUUGUCCCUCAGCUAGAAGCCGUAAUGGUUACUGCAUUUUCCUAAUAAAGUAGAAAUUUGGAGUCCAAAGGAAUAUAGUCAAUUUCCAUUUAUUGUAUUGCCUGAUUAAAUCUAGCCUGAUUCUUUUAAACACAUCUGGUUUUCUUCUUUGCAUAUCAUUUUCAUAUGUCCAUAUAAGGACUGACUUACUACUUUUCUGCCCACCUUUAACACUUCUGGCUUUGAAAAUUAUUUUAAAACUGUGUGUGAUCAUUCUUACGUGUCCAUAUGCCCCCAUUUAUUUAGAUGGUUUGGGCAGUGACACUGAAUGACUACCACCUAGUAAAUGUGCUCUUUCAUACAAAGUAUGAUCAUCAUUUUUUUAGAGAAGUAUUUUUUUUUAUUAUUGCCUUUUCUUUAUUAUUGGAGAAAUUUUUCACAAGGAAAGAAAAUUUUGUCCUCAAAUGUAUAUGCUGCUCAAAAAUUUGGUUGUCUAGGACAUUUAAUAUGUUGUUACAGAAAUAACUGAAGUUUUCCUAAGAAGAAGGCAAGAAAAGAAUAGGAGAAAGUAAUAGCCAAAGUGGUAGAUUCCUGGAGGCCCUCCAAAAAAACUCAGUGAGGGGGCUCUAAGCAGACGAAAUAGAGCAAAACGGGUUUCUAAUAUUCCCCAGAGACUGGGACUUGAGACAUUAGGUAGGAAUAGUACUUAUCUUGAACAUUGAACUUGGGCUCUUCAAAGUAAUCAACCACGAGACAUGGGAGCGUGUUUUUGGAACAGUUCACAAGGCAGACCUGCACACUUGUUGAGGUCUUAUCAGGAGUGUCAGCUUUGUUAGGUAGUAACAGGGAUCAAGGCAUGGCAGGUGUGGAUUCACCCCCAGAAUGUCUUCAUGGACCAUUCUUUGUACACAGAGGUGGUUCUACUGCUCACCAGCGGAUUGUGCUAGUCUUGGGACCUCUUUCUGCUUCCUUUCAGAGACCCUUUGUGACGGAGGUAGGCAGUUUGUGAGAUGGUUGGCUAGAAUUAGCAGUGUCUAAGUUACGUGGCCUUGGAUCAGUUGGUUCCUUGCUGUCUGUGCAUGGUGCAUGCCGAGUCAGAAAGCCUAGAAACCAUCAGCAUUAAAGUCUAGGUGCAGAGGAAUCCUUGCUAGAGCCAUUAAUGAAUCAAGAAAGGUUUUACCUAUCGUCAUGGUGAAAUAGUCCAGGAGUACCUUUAGAGAUUGUCAGACUGUGCGCUGUGAGCUUCCCUUAGUCCUCAGAAGGCUUACAGAAACCUAGGCACACUGCUUCUACCCUUUGAGCUAAAAAACAGAAACCUAACUUGAUGCAUCGGUACUAUUUCCAUAGAGCUGACAUGGGCAAAAUCAUGAAAUAGAAUCUGUUCCAUAAAUUAUUUCUUUAAAUUUUCUCUUAAUUUUGCCUUUAGGAAAAAAUUAAAAUUGUUCAAAGACAGUUUGCUGUCACUGGUGCUGCCCCAAAGCUUUCCAAUCCUCUAGGAAUUUUUAUGAAUUAAAUGGUUGCUAUGGGAAGGUCAAGAUUCAUCCAAGAGUAUCAUGGUAUAAAUUUAAUGGUUUGCAACUGUUUUAAUUUUUCUUUGCCUGUGCCAGUUAUACAAUGCAGUCAACCCCCUUUUCAGUAGCUUCUGUUCAUUAGCCUGUGUUUUUCCAGGCAGUAACUCCCAAAAGGCUUUUCUUAGUGAUUGUAAAGAAAGAAAAUCGCAUCUAGGCCUGUGCUGCAAAGCUGGGUGGUCUGUCUUUACUUUCUAGCAAAUUGAGUUGAUGGAUUUAAGAUAAGCCUUUGGGGUUCCUGUCACAGUUUCCUGGGCUCUGAGAAAGGGUUGGGCCUCCUUUACUCUCAGGGUUUUGAGUAUUUUUCUAAUGUUUGUAAGUUCUCUUUUACUCCUCUAAUAAAAAUGAAAGCUCUCUGCCAAAAAAAAAAAAAAGUCUUUGAUUGGUUUGGAGAUCUAGGAGAAAAAAAUAAGUAUACCUGAGACCUUCAGUUGGUCUUUUAUUUAUUUCAAAUAAAAAGUAGUUUGAUAAGCUACCAGAGUUAGUGCUUUUUUAAAAACAUUCUCUGAAGAGAUAGGAACUCUCCCUCAGGAAACCUAUAAAAGCUAUUCCCAAUACAUUGCAAUUGCUUUUGAUUUUUAGUCCUUUGGAGCAAACGUCUGAUGUUAUGUCUGAUGUUAUGUCUGAUGUUAUGUUUUUAGAGCUGUGGGGAAGAAAAUGUUUAAAAAAAUUAAGGGGUGUUAUUGAAACAGUGAUUUUCUGGCUGAAUUAUGUGCGAGCAAAGUUUUAGGGCAGCUGUCCAGUUCUCGGUCUGUUUUCCUGACAGUAAAGCAGAUAGUAAGCAGUGUCUUGACAAGUGAUUUGCUUAUUCCAUACUGACAUCUAAAGGCAUUAGCCUUCUGUUUGACAACCCUGGGGAUACCCCUCUGCACCGUGACUUAUUAAUGUUUUUUUAGACAAGGCUAAACCAGGAUGACUCUAUGUAUUUGUAGUUUCACUCUUCACAUACCAGCUGCUAAAAGAAAAACCAUGACUUUAAUCUUGUCUUGAAAUGACUCCUGAUUGUUAAAUUCAUCCAAACCCUUCCUCUUCAGGGAGGGUUGCUGCUAGUAACAUCAGUUUUCAAUGUUCUGCUUUAGAUAUGUGUCCUAUGGGAGUCUGGAAACUGUAAUAAAUAUGAUUGUAUGACUGUA